AUGUUUGGCAGGAACCGCGACCUCUCCAAGGAGAGACGGGAAAGCCAGCAGGCCAUGUCACCCAUCAGCAUCGGUUCCGGUGGGGGUGAAGAUCGCAGUAAUUACGACAAGAACCCUAUUGUUCAGACCAACACUUAUGUUGCAACUAUGAAUACGAACGCUGCAAGUUCCUCCUCGAUCCGACUCGAAGCCAUCAACCAGUCCAAUGCUCCGAACGGACGAGACCCAUCCCUACCCUCGAAGCCGCCCCUGACUCGGCUACCUUCCGUGCGGACAAAAUACAUGGAGAUGCUGUUGCAUCUGGAUGACAUCUCUAGCACAUACAAUCUCUUGGCUAGUCUGUUCACCUGGGUCAUUUUAGCUGGCUUCCUCGUUGUCCCCGGCACUUUUACCACCUUCAAGAGGACCCAAGCCUUCCAAGACCUCAAUGACGACGACAGCAAUGAAGUCGCCCAUACCAUCGUCCACACUGUUGCCAAUAUCGGGCUCCUGUGGCUUUCGGGCGCAUUUUGCGUCUUGGGCGGGCUAGGAUGUCUGUGGCUGUGGUUUCGCUGGCGCCAGAACUACAUCUGGCUCAUCAACAGGAUCUUCUUACCUGUCACGCUGAACUCGGUCGCCGGCUUGAUUACAACCCUCGUGAAUGUCUACACCGCCCAGAAAGGCAUCUGGAGUGUGACAGCUAAAAUCACUGCAAUUGUCACAGGCUCCUGCGUUGGAGGUGCUGGAUUCUUCUUUGCCAUUUACCAUUUUUGGGCUCUUCGAAGAGUCAGGGAGGCACAUGAAAGAGAUAUGCGUCUGGAUGAUCAAGUCGACGAGGCUUUGGCCGACAAGCCCAGGGGGAGGGCUAAUAAGUCUCCGGCAGCCCCUGGAAGUGUGGUUUGA